GAACUCCUUUGCCACGAACACUCCCCACCCGCUCCUCUUUCCCCCCACAGCGAGUUGAGCGAGACCACGGUCCCCGAUCGCGCCCCAGAAUAUGUUCCUUCGCCAAAACUUCCCCUGAAAAGAGCUUCGACGCCUCGCCGGAGACGACGGAUUCCGGCGGUGACACGGUGGUUGCGGGGUCCCGAUCGCCCGCGGCGGAGCAAGCGAGAUGGGAGCUUUCUCCAGGAAAAGAAAUGGUUCCGAUUUCCUUCUUGUAACAUGAGGGCAGUGCCUCGGGCAGAUCUCCCUUCGUCAUAUCUGUGAGGAUGUCAUGCUCUGUAACUUUGGUGGGUGAUUUUAAUUCCUCUCUGCUGAUGAUUUGUUGAGGGCGUAAGACAAUGGAAAAUAUCAUUUUUUUGACGGGUUCAUCUUUCCUUCAUUCAAACUUGCGGAGGUGAACAACAGACGGGGGAAGGAUUUGCAGAAGCCAUUUCCGGGAUGUAUGGGAAGGAUGAUCAACAUAUUUGACUUGAGUACCAGCAUGGCAGGAACCAAGCUGCUCACUGAUAAAGCACAUAGCAAUGAACCAGUGAACUAAGGAAAAGUUCCUUUAACAAGAACUCGGGUGGAACACCAAUGAAGAUGCUUAUACAAGAGGAGAUGUGGAAAGAAACAGAGUUGAAGCAGAAGCCUCCAAAUGUUGUUGCUAGACUCAUGGGGCUUGAUUCCUUGCCAGUGCAGCCAUCAUUUUUAACUGUUAAAAAAAGCUUCCAAGAGGACUAUUCACACCGUAUGGCAGGAGCGCUUCGGGGUCAUCGGUGGCAACAAGAUGAGUAUUUUCACAAUCCAGUGCGUUGUGAAAUUCCCCAUGAAAAGAAUGAAUACAAAGAUGUAUAUGAAGUCAGGCAGCAACCAUCAAAGAUUAGUCAUAUUAAGGAUCAGCGACCACAGAAAGGAAGAUAUGAUGAGAACUCAUAUGAAAAGAGAAUGACUCUUGUUCGCCAGAAGUUCAUUGAAGCAAAGCGUUUAGCCACAGAUGAAAACCUCAUUCAGACGAAGGAGUUUCAAGGUGCACUCGAGGUUCUGAGUUCAAACAGAGAUGUAUUCCUCAAAUUUCUCGAAGAACCAAAUUCCCUGUUUUCAAAGCAUAUACACAAACUCCAGAUCAUCUCUCCACCUCAGACAAAGCGCAUAACUAUACUGAAACCAUCAAAAAACAGUGAGGUGAAGUGUGACAAAAGUGUGGAAAAACAACUGUUCUCAGCUGUUGAAGAAAGCAAAUGUGAUGCAAAUAAGCACUAUUGGACCCCUAGUUUCUCUCAUGCAAAAGCUCAUAAUCAAUCUCAACCAACCAGGAUAGUAGUUUUAAAGCCUAGCCCAGGAAAGCUUCACGAUGUAAAUAAUACAGUUAAAUUCACAACAUCUUCAACAGAACAGCUUGGGGACCGAGAUUCUUAUGAAGCUUUGGGAACUGAUGGAGUCGCAGGGUCAAGAGAAAUAGCCAAGGAGAUUACUCGUCAGAUGCGAGAAAACCUAAGCAGUAACCGAAGGGAUGAAAAAACUUUGUUGUCUUCGGUAUUAUCGAAUGGAUUUGUUGGAGAUGAGAGCUCAUUCAAUAGGUCUGAAAGUGACUGCAUGGAUGAAGAGGGUGGUAACUUGAGUGACUCUGAGACUGUCACCCCAACUUCACGGCGCUCUUGGGAUCGCGUCAAUAGCAUUGGCAGUCCUUACUCAAUCUCAUCUGUAAGUCGAAAAUCAUAUUCACCUGAGUCAUCAGUAAUCAGGGAAGCCAGAAAACGGCUUUCAGAGAGGUGGGCAUUGGUGGCAUCAAAUGUAAAUAAUCAAGAACAAAGACAAACAAAGAGAAGCUCAAGUACCCUAGGUGAGAUGCUUGCCAUUCCUGAGGUACAGAAAGAAGAGGAGAAUAGUUGGGGGUUUACUGUUUCGAGCAGCAGGCAAUGUGACGGAGAACAAAACCUUAAAGUACUAUCACCUUGUUUGUCUGCAGGCGGGGUAAAGGAAGGAUGUAGUGGGGAGUUCUCCUCUAGGAAUUUGUCAAGGUCAAGAUCUGUCCCAUCUUCUUCAGCUUAUGAAAUCACUGAGUUGAAUGUGGGUGUUUCUGAUGCUUUUAUUAGCAAACCCAUUGUUCAUAACGAGAUUGCUAAGUCAAAGAGUGGCAGGUCAUCUUUCAAAGGGAAAGUUUCCAGUUUGUUCUUCUCUAGAAAUAAGACACAAGGUCAGGAGAAAUCUAUUCCAUCUCCUUCGGUGGGUUGUGAUGAUAGGCUUCAGCCUGGUAGUGCUGAGGUUGAUAGUAAAAGAAAUGGUCUUUUACUUUCUGUUAAUGACAAUCAACAUAAGCAAACUGCACUGUUUAGUGCACAUAAAAAUUCUGGCGGGGCUUUCUCUCUGACUACAGUUAUUGAUGUACCAAAUCAAGGCACUUUCAAUGCCAAGGGGGCUCAUUAUCUUGAAAAGCCAAUGACAUGCGGAAACUCCAGGGAGAACCAGGACCACCCCAGCCUUGUUUCAAUUCUACAAGCACCAGUUGUUGAUGAUGUCAACAAUAAAAUGUCCCAGGCUUCUAAAAGCCAUACUGCUGGACAUCUACAAGCUCUCUCUAGGUCUCCACCGAUUGAGUCGAUUGCUCGUUCCUUAUCAUUCAACUGCUCCAAGUUGGGAACAAUGUUGGCAGGUCCCCUAAAACCUUCCAGACUUCUGCCCAGGGUAGAAGAAGAACAAGAACGAUUUAUGCUUGUCCAGAAGUUGCUGUCAUCUGCUGGCUUUCGUGAUGAGAAGUCUGACAUGAUAUUCACCAGAUGGCAUUCACUUGACAGCCCUUUGAAUACAAUGCUACUGGACAAAUAUUUGGAUAAGAAAGAAGCAGCAGCUAAGUGCAGGGUGUGGCGGUCAAACCAGAGGCUCCUAUUCGAUUGUGUCAAUGCAGCAUUGCUAGAUAUUGGUCGAACUGCCAUAUUGGCUUCAUAUCCAUGGGCUGGAGCAUGUCGGGGGGCUUGGGAGGAUGGUCCAGCUGGUGAUUUGGUGACUCAGAAAGUGUGUGAACUUGUGAGAAAUUGGUACUCCGGUGAAGAGAAGUCUGUGCCUGGUGGGCCCGGUGGCGUCAGUCUUAUGGUAGAUAGAGUGGUUAAGAGAGAAAUGGCAGGAAGAGAAUGGGCAGAAUUGAUGUGGCUGGAAAUUUUUGAGUUCAGCAAGGAUAUCGGUGGUCUGGUGUUGGAGGAGUUGUUUGAGGAGGCAUUGUCAGAUUUUACUUGUGGGUGAUUGAAAUGAGAUGCUCACAAGGGAUACAAAAAAGUAGAUGCUGCAGAACUGAAGCAGAAAAUGUGUUAUCGACCGAGUUACAGUUAUCUUGACGUGUCAGUAUCCUGGGUGUGACUCAAAAGAAAAAAAGAAAAAAAAAAAGAUCAGGUCCUGUUCCAAGGGUUUUUUAUUUGUGUGUGUGUGGCGCUUAUCACUGAUGAUGAGGAUUUUACGUCUUAUUUUUUUCCAUUGAGAAAAUAUAAAAGAAAGGAUCAUGUAGCAUCCUUUCUUUUCCCUUUAAUCUGACGGCAUCAACAGUAGAUUUGUCCCAAGUUUGACAGCUUUGAGUUAUUUGAGGAAGCGACGGAGUAACUAGUCUUCACAAAGCCUUUAUGUUUGGUGGCAUGCUAGUAUUAAAAUGGUGCAUGCCAUUAUGAUACUGUAGUUCCCUUAUUAGAAUAGUAUUUUUGCAUGCAGAUUCGUCUCCGAGAUGAAGAUUCCUCGGCACGUGAAAUAUGAUGCAGCCUUGUCGGUCUCUGUAUUAGCAUGUCUGAGAUGCAUCGAAUGAAUGAAAAAAACAAUAAAGUUGUAGA